GUUGCCGGGAGCGGCGGUGCCGCCGUGGCCGCGGCCGGAGCGGGGCUGACGCUGCCCGGCUGCCUGCAGUUUGUGUCCCUCCUUAAGGAUUUUGAGAUCCCUGCCCACUGAAAGCACCUGUGCCGUGUGUGAGAUGUGUGAGGAAACAUCCUUCCUUAAGCGGAGAAUCUCAGUCCUGAAGUUUAUUGUCACUGCUUUGUGAGAUUCAAGAAGACAUUCAGAAUCUUAAAAUGGAACAAAACAACUUGAAAGGAAAUGCAGAAGCUGUGGAUAUUUGUGACCUCAGAAAAGCAACUGACAGGCCUGAACUUGGGCUGAGACAGCAGGUGGAAAUGGAUUUUAAAAUCAUGCUUGACCCAGAGAACAUGGAGAAUAAAGCUGGUUUAAAACUUCUCAAUGAUGAGACCAGGCUGCCACUUAUAGCUAAGAAAAAAUCUGCUCCUGUGUGCAGUCAGAGGACAGGGAAGGAUCCCACAGCCCCCAGCCCUUGGGCUUUGCCUGCCUUCCUCUCCCUGGGCUCUCCCUUGCCCCUGCUAGAGGGGGACACCCCGAAAGGUGCCCUGAGCCCCAGUGGGCAGAGGCUGAUCCUCCCAGCAGCACUGAGAGCUCUGCCAGCCCCUCCUGCCGUGCCCAGAGCAGCUCCUGGCCCUCAGUUCCCCAGGCAGCACAAGAAACCAGCUCUAGGAGAGAUCAGUGUCAGGCUGGACCCUGAGAGCACAGACACCAUCACCCUCCCAAAGCCAAAGGAAGCAGUUUAUGGCACAUAUUCCUCUAGUAAAGGGAGCAUUCCAUCACUCCCUUCCAGCAACUCCGUGCUUUCAACAAGGAGAUCAAGGCCAGAGUGGAGGUGUCCAGCUCAGCAGCUGCAAACUGAGGUGCACAUUCCCCCUCAGACACAGCCCCCACAAACAGCUCAACCCUUCCAGGAUCCCUGCUUGGACAUUGCUGUUCUCCAGAAAGCUCCAGGUGUUCUGACCCUUCAACACCUCCAUCAUUCCUCCUGGGGGAGCACUGUGGGGUUUUUGGAACCCUCAGAAAAGCUCCUCGAAGACCACUCUGUCCCCCUGGCCACCAUCAACAGCCAAAAGUUGGCACAAAUCACCUCGGACUUGGAUUUUAAAGAGAAUCCCACCAAAAGUGACAUUUUGUCCAUGAUGAAGAAUCAGCCAGCUGUGGAAGAGACCCCAAAUGGAGCUGGGCAGGGGGGCAGCACAGGGGGGCACAGGGUGGGUCCCAGCCCCGUGCCAGGCUCAGGCCAGCAGCAGCAGUGGGCAGCAGGUGUGACCAGCCCUGGGCAGCAGCAGUGGGCAGCAGGUGUGACCAGCCCCGUGCCAGGCUCAGGACAGCAGCAGCAGUGGGCAGCAGGUGUGCUCAGCUCCUCCUGGCGCUCCUGGAGUCACCUGGCACGGCUGAGGGGUGCCCUGAGGGCAGCACGGCGCAGACACCUGGAGAAUUUCUGCAGCAGGGCCAAGCAUCUGGCAGCCAACUGGAAUCGCAUCAGGACCUCCAGGAGGACUAUUAUCCAUAUCCCAUCAUUAGGAUAUUCCCAACACAUCCGUGAGCACAUCCCUGACCUUGCUGUCCAGCAGAACCUGCAGAUGGGGAGGCUCUGUGACAUCCUGGAUGCCAACGUGGACGUCAUCUACAUCUGCCCCCUUGCUCUGAGUGAGGAGUUACUGCAGUACUACAAUAAACUCCUGGGUCUGCAGGCAGCUGUUAGAUCUGGGAGCCCUGAGGACAUGGCUGACCUGCAGGACAGGUUCAGAAUUCUCACCCCUGAAGCUAUAAACAGCUUCCCUGAGCAGCACAUGUGCCUGGCCACGGUGCUCAAGUACAGCCCCAGGACGCUGCAGAGGCUCCAGGGUCUGCUCCAGGGCAGGGAUGCCUACAUGGUUGGGGGUGUUCCCCACCUGGAUGAGCUGGCUGUGGCUGACCAGCUCCAGGUGCCACUUCUGGGCUCAGAGCCAGCAGUGGCUCAGCUCUGCAGCACCAAGUCUGGCAGCAGGAGGAUCUUUGCCAGUGCAGGAGUGCCAACCCCUCCUGGAGAGGGGGACAUCCACAGCAGGGAGCAGCUGCUCCGUGCCCUCAGCCAGCUGGUCCUGGACAACCUGGAGGUGCAGCGCUGGCUCUUCAAGGUGGAUGAUGAGCGUGCAGGAGAUGGCACUGCCUUCUGUGAUGUCAUUUCUCACCUGGAAUGCCAGCCCUGGAUCCAGAGGGAGCAGCAGGAACACGGCCCCGGGGUGUGGAGCAAGAGCCAGGCUCGUGAGCUAGCUUUGGUGAAGAUCUCCCAGGAGCUGCCGGGCCUUUUAGCACAGCACGUACAGCCAGUCAAUGAGAAACGAUUCCCUACAUGGGAAAAAUUCCUCCAAACAUUUCUUACUCAAGGGGGGGUGAUCGAAGCCUUUCCCUGCUCGGGCAGCGUCGCCAACCUGACGGUGGAUCUGCUGAUCGAGCCCACGGGGGAGCUGACUCUGCUGGCGUCUGGGGAGCAGCUCCACGCCGAGGGGCCCCUCAGAUCCUCUGGCACCACCAUCCCACAGCGUUCCGUGGAUCCCGGCCUUCUCCAGGCUCUCUGCCUGAAGGUUGGGGAGGCCUGCAAAGCCAAAGGAGUGCUGGGCUACUUCUCCGUGGACUUCGUGGCUUUCACCCAUCCCCAAACGGGGCGGCAGCAGGUGUGGGCAACAGACCUUGACCUUGGCUACAGUGACCAGCUGGCCCUGAGUCAGCUCCUGGUGUACCUGACAGAUGGAGAUGUGGAUUGUGGCUCCAGCAUCCUGCAAGCACCUCUGGGAGCAAAGGAGAGCCAAAGCCAAGGGGUCCAGCACGAGGGGACAAAACCUCCUGCCCCCAGCAGCCCCCGGUGUGCCGUGGCCAGCAGCCAGCUGAGGCACUGCAGCCUCUCAGGGAUCUCCUACAGCCUCCUCCUGCACACCUGCAAAGCCCACGGCAUUGGAUUUGACCCCCAGGAAAAACAGGGAACAGUUUUUGUGUUGUAUGAAGACCAGAAGCGACACAGCCUGGGAAUGAUAACAAUCGGAGAGGAUCUCCAGGGGGUCCUCCUGACCUUUGCUCGCAAUCUCUUCAUCAUCCAUCAAGAAAUAUCAGCACCUAAUAUGCAAGGCGAGACCAAUUUUAAGAUGGCAAUUCGAGACAUUGAAGCAAUUCUAGGAGUUACAGCAGAAAACAAACUGAGAUUGGAAGAAGAGCAACCUUGGGAAGCAGAUGCUCUGAAAGAAUAGUUAACAGAAAAUGUUCAAGUGCCUCAUUCCUUAUGCUUCUGGAAAGGCUUCCUCAUCUGUAAGAACAGGUUUGGUUUUCCUUCUGACCUGGUGUGUGAAGUAGCAUUAACUGAGACAGAAAAUCUCUGUGGCUGCUGCCUGUGGCACUGGGAACAUCCCACCUUUCUGGCUGGAAAGCACAGGAUCAUCCCAGUGCUCCUCAUGUCCCUGUUGGCAUUCCUGGAGUUCAGCACGUGGGUUAAAAAUCUCAUUAAUGGGGUCGUGCUGCCUUUGUCACUGAUUGAGCAGGGGGAGCACAUCCACUGAAAAGAGCCCUGGGAGCCCAAAUUCCCUUUCCAACAGGCUGAAACACUGAGCACUGAAUGAAAGGAGUGCAGAGACUGCCAGGGUGGGCAGAUGCAGAGACUGGCAGGGAUGGAGCAGCUCUGCAGGGAGGAAAGGCUGGCACAGCUGGCAUGGCUCAUGGUUCACCUGCACAGGAGAAGCUUGGGGUGAGCUCAGGGUGGCCCUGCAGAUGGAGAGAGACUCCUCAGGAGGACCUGGGGUGCCAGGACAAGGGGGAAUGGCU